AGAAUCAAAAACAAAGAAAGCGCGCCCGUUGGAUGGCGGAGAAUCGGACGUUCACCGCUGUUCCAGCACAUUGCGCUGCGCUGGAGGACAGCUGUGGUACGGAAUGGCGUACGGCACUGGCGAGAUCCACGGCCGUGGUUGAGUGGAGCUUGAGGCUAUGGUGGACGAUGAAAUGUGACCUUUCACAAGUGAAAAGAGAGAGGCAAAUUAGGGAUACUAGGUUUUUGCGCGCAUGGUGUAGUCUGGUAGGGCAUUUGGCAGGCGCGGCGAUGGGGCUGUGGGACGCCUUCCUCAAUUGGCUUCGCAGUUUGUUCUUCACGCAAGAAAUGGAGCUGUCGCUGAUUGGACUCCAAAACGCUGGCAAGACGUCGCUGGUGAAUGUGAUUGCGACUGGUGGAUUCAACGAGGACAUGAUUCCAACGGUGGGAUUCAACAUGAGAAAAGUGACCAAAGGCAAUGUGACGAUCAAGCUGUGGGAUCUGGGCGGACAACCACGCUUCCGGAGUAUGUGGGAGCGCUAUUGCCGCGGAGUUUCAGCUAUCGUCUACGUUGUGGAUGCUUCUGAUAGAGAGAACGUCGCGAUUUCCAGGGACGAGCUCCAUGAUCUACUGGGAAAGCCAUCGCUAGCCGGAGUACCAGUGCUAGUUCUCGGUAACAAGAUUGAUAAGCCGGAUCAUCUCUCCAAGCAGGCGUUGAUCGAUCAAAUGAGCUUGCAAUCUCUGGCGGACAGGGAGGUUUCUUGCUACAUGAUCUCGUGCAAGAACUCCACCAACAUCGAAGUAGUCAUCGAGUGGCUCGUCAAGCACUCGAAAACGAAGAGCUGACGCGCGGAUCGAUCGAUUUCACUCCACUCCCUGGCUGCGCUUCGAGCGCUACUACAUGGCGGCGUUCAUCAGCAGCGCGCGAGUGCGCAAGGUGGUGAUGGCGACGAGCAGCGAAUCGCUCCUCCAGGACAAGAAGAGGCAGCGGAUGAGCUUGGAUUCGGCGGAGCUCGUUGGCAGGGCGCUGGCGGAGAGGAUGAAGGCCAAAUGCCUCCACAAGGCCAAGUUUGACAUGAAGCGCGAGUUCGCGGACAAGGAUCCCAGGUACCACGACUACAUCACCACCAUCGCGGUCGCGCUCAGCCAGAAUGGCAUCACGCUCUACUGACAGGACAGAUUGGAUGGAUAGGAGGGGUUUAGGGUUCUUGGCGGCUAUGGCGAUCUUGCAGUUCUUGCGGCUGCGCUUCCACAACAAGUACAUCAUCGCGUUUGUGGGGAAUCGCAAGACGACGCAGCACGCCGAGGCGUCGUCGGUGGAGGCGGCGCUGCGCGAUCGGAUGCCCAAGACGAACAGCCUCCAGGCGGCGGAGCUGGUUGGAUUCACCCUGGCGGAGAGGAUGAGGAAGAAGCAGAUGCUCAGGGCGAGGUUUAACAUGGAGGCCGAGAUCGCGGAGAAGGCGCCCAAGUUCCAUAGCCACAUCAAGGUCAUCACGGACACUCUCCGCAAGAAUGGGAUCUCACUGCUCAGCUAGAUCUUGCUUAGAAUGAUGCAAGAGGAAGAAGAAGAGGAA